AUGACGGGGAUGGAUUGGAUGAAGUGUAUAUGUGGUAUGGGAUGUCGAAUGGGUAUCGGGUGUUACUGUUGUACCUGGUGUUGUGAAAAAUGUAAGAGUAGCAGCGGUUGCAAUGGAUGUAAGGCACAUUACAUGGUGCGCAUCAAAAACAGAGGUAAAAAGUACGAAUGCGAACUUUCGAGAUGUAAGAAACAAUGUGAAGGCAAGGAGAAAGACUGCAAAUGUGACUGUUGUGUUAAGAAAUGUACAGAGCAGCCUGACAGCUGUAAAAACCCCGUCCUCCCCCCUCUACAGCCUUCCUCUGCCUCUGCUUCCGAGUCUUCCAGCAGUCGAGAGCAUUCCCUGCCUUCCACCGGUGAACAGCAGCCCGCUGUUCUCCCCGUUACCGCUGCUCGGUCCGGUGAUCUCGGUUCCGAUGGUGACGGUCAUUCCAUCACUGUCUCCCCAGAUCCCUCCACCUCUCCCCAAGCCAUCGCCGCCGUCAUCGUUGCCAUAAUCGUCGCCAUCAUCCUGCUCGACCUGUGCAUCUUCCGCUUCCCGGUGGGCCGCAACAUCCGCGAUUUCCUCGUCCGCAAAGUACCGUUCUGCAUCGCGUUUUACAGCUAA